AGAGGCGGUCGCAGUGCGCAGGCGCGGGGAAGCGGAAGCGGCUUGAGCGCGAUUCUCCUUGGAUGGGUCACGGAGAAGCGUAUGCUCUGAAAAUAUUAUACAAACGCAUGUAGCUUAUUGCUACUUAAAAUCUAUUUUUUUAAAUCGAGUAUUUCGAGGAGGGGACUUUUGGAAGCAUGAAACGAGAUGUCAGGAUUUUGCUUUUGGGGGAGCCCAAGGUUGGGAAGACGUCGCUAAUCCUGUGUCUGGUCGGGGAGGAGUUUCCCGAGGAGGUACCUCUUCGGGUUGAAGAGAUAACCAUCCCUGCAGAUGUCACACCCGAGAAGGUCCCAACACAUAUCGUUGACUACUCCGAGACUGAGCAGAGUGAUGAGGUGCUACAAGAGGAGAUCCUUAAGGCCAAUGUGGUUUGUGUGGUGUAUGACGUCACCCAGGAGGACACCAUUGACAAGAUUCGAACCAAAUGGAUCCCUUUAGUGAAUGGCAAAGCAGAAAAGGGAAGCAAGAUGCCUAUUAUCUUGGUUGGAAACAAGUCAGACCUGCGUUCUGCAAGCUCUAUGGAAUCCAUCUUGCCCAUCAUGAACCAAUUCUCCGAAAUUGAGACUUGUGUUGAGUGCUCUGCCAAGAACUUGAAGAACAUCUCAGAGCUUUUUUACUACGCGCAGAAGGCUGUGCUGCAUCCAACUGCUCCACUGUAUGACCCUGAAGACAAACAGCUCAGACCCAGCUGUGUUCGAGCUCUGAGUCGAAUAUUCAUCGUAUCUGACCAAGAUAAUGAUGGGAUUCUUAGCGACGACGAGCUGAACUGCUUUCAGAAGUCGUGUUUUGGGAACCCCCUGGCACCCCAAGCCCUGGAGGAUGUGAAAACUGUGGUGUGGAAGAACACCAGCGACGGCAUUCAGGACAAUGGGCUAACGCUGAAUGGCUUCCUCUUCCUCAACACGCUUUUCAUCCAGAGGGGCCGACAUGAGACCACGUGGACCAUUCUCAGGAAGUUUGGCUAUGACGACACGUUAGAUCUGACAGAUGACUAUCUCUAUCCUCAACUCCAUGUUCCACCGGCCUGCACGACAGAGCUUAACCACCAUGGCCAGCAGUUCCUGCAGAAGUUGUUUGAGAAGUACGACGAGGAUAAGGACAGAGCGCUGUCCCCAGCUGAGCUGAAGAAGCUGUUCGCUGUGUGUCCCCACAUGCCAUGGGGUCCCGAUGUCUACGCAGCAGUCCCUGUUAACAGUGACGGCUACAUACCCUUACAUGGCUACUUGUGUCAGUGGAUGCUGACCGCAUACCUGGAUGUCCGUUGCUGUCUGGGAUAUCUUGGUUACCUUGGUUACCCCGUGCUCACAGACCAGGACUCACAGAUUGCAGCAUUGAUGGUGACGAGGGAGAAGACCAUAGACCUAGAGAAGGGACAGACCCAGAGAAGUGUGUUCCUCUGCAAGGUCUUUGGGUGUCAUGGUGCAGGCAAGACUGCCUUCCUGCAGACCUUCCUGGGUCACGGCUUAUCGAGACAAACGAGCGAUGCAGGUGCCUCUUGCUGCUACACCAUCAGCACUGUCCACGUUAACAACCAGGAGAAGUACUUGAUCCUGAACGAGAUGAACGCGGAGAGAGAAUUCAAGCCCUCAGAUGCUGCGUGUGACGUGGCCUGUUUCAUGUACGACGUCAGUAACCCCAAGUCCUUCAGCUACUGCGCCAGUAUCUACAAGGAACACUACAUGAACUCCAGCAUUCCCUGCUUGGUGGUGGCCUCCAAGUCGGACCUCCCUGAGAACACGCAGCAGGGAAUUUCACCCUCAGAAUUCUGCUACAGGCACCGGCUGCCCCCUCCUCUGCCGUUCUCCUGUAUUGUCCAGGACUCGCUGAACGUGCCGGUCUACUCCAAGCUGGCCUGGGCUGCCAUGUUCCCACAUCUCAACGGCUCUGACAUGACAAGCACCUCGUUCUGGCUGAGAGUGACACUAGGAGCAGCUGUUCUUUCAGUCCUGGGCAUCACCCUCUACAGAGCUUUCAUCAAGCAUAAAUAAAACGCCGCGUGAAGUCGAGCGCUGCUUCUCAGGAGCGGACGUAGCAAAGCAAGGCGGCAGCUUCCCAGAAGGAGUGGUCUUCAAAGCCAGCCCUAGUUCACAUCUGCUGUCUGCUUUGACCUUACAGUAGAAAGCUGGAAAUACUAGGCAACCUUUAGCGGAAAGGUAUCGCAUGGGUUUUUACAGACAUUACCAUGAGGCAGAAUAAGGAAGAAAUGCAUUCAUAUUUGAUUAUCGCCUCCGGUCACAGACGCAUGGUUCGCUGACCUGUAGAGCUUCCAGUUGGUUUUUUCUUCACUUCACGGUACACAAACUGGAAGCAAUAUUCAUGCCAUGAAGUCCAUUGUCGUGAUGAUAAAGAAUGUUGAAUUGUGUGUUGGGAUAUGUACAGAAGUGAUCUGUUUUACUCAGCAUUCAGUCAAUUUCGGCAUAUUUGACGAUUGCGUUGUUGUAAGUCUGUUCUGUUACGUGUCUUACGGCAACCUGAUGGAUGCUCGCUUGGAGCCCUGGGUGAGAGCUGUCAGACACACAGCAUAGUCUCACAAACUGUGUUCUUAAAUCUUGGUUGUAAUUUUCCCAUUAUUUUCUAAGAGGUUGUUGCAGGUAUGACAUCCAUGUCUUUAUAAGUUUAGCCUUAAAACCAGAAAACUUGUUUUAAUGAAAUAGGUCUCCUGGGCCCUUUUCCAACAUUUAAUUUUAUUUAAAUGAACGGAGUUUAAAAUAUGAACGACGAAUGUCCUGUUCCAUUGUACACAGACUAAAGUUCUCUAUUGGCUAUUCAAAAUAAAUAUAUAUUUCUAAAUUA